UUCUCAACCUCAACAUGAUGCGAAAGGUAGGCUUGGUGCUGGUGGCAGGCGUGGUCGCCCUCGUUUCAGGAGAUAUCAGUCACCACGUCAAGAGUUCUCUGCACCACCCACUAGGUCACCAUGCUGCUCCGCUACAUCAUGUAGCCCCUGUACACCAUGCUACCCCAGUGCACCAUGCUGCCCCUGUGCACCAUGCUGCCCCUGUACACCAUGGAAAGGGAUAUGCUCCUGUUUAUCCUGAUACGCCUCCACACUACGCCUUCGAGCACGCCGUCCACGACGACUACGCCGGCACCCACUUCGGCCACUCGGAGGCUCGCGACGGCUACAAGACGGAGGGCAAGUACUUCGUGCACCUCCCCGACGGCCGCGUCCAGACCGUCACUUACUACGCCGACGAGACUGGCUACCACCCCACCGUCUCCUACGAGGGGACGGCCCACUACGACGCCCACGCAGCCGCCCCUCACCACGCCCCUGCCAAGGCUUACCACGCCCGAGCCAACAUAUCACCCUGA